CAUGGCGGACCAAAAAAGAUGAAAACGGAAGGUGGAAAACCCCUAAACCAGUUACGAGUAAAUGGAUAGCUGAGAAUUAGAAACUCAGAAUGGCACACUUCGGGAAAGAUGUUGAUAAUUUUAGUGCUACAAGAACCAUUAGAAUUGUUGGAGUAGAAACUAAUGAAAAAUUCACGACAUACAUUAUAGAAGUUGCAGUAGGACACUACGUUUGGAGAGUGAAGCAUCGUUACAAUGAUUUUCACGACCUACACGAUCAGCUUGUAUAUUCCUGUAAAGUGGACAAGUGCCUGCUACCACCAAAGAAAAUGUUUGGGAACCAGAGUGAAUCCUUUAUAAAGAAGCGACAGGCUGACUUAGAGGCUUAUCUUCAGACCAUGCUGUACUACCUCGCUCACAAAGUCCCAUCUGCCCUCGCCACCUUCCUACAAUUCGACAAAUAUGAAAUUCAUGGUAUUACACAAUGCAUGGCAGAAGAAUUAUACAACAGAGGUGAGAUCCUGCUGCAGUCCCGGGACCCCUACGUCGUGACCCCCCUCCAGUUAUACUCCCUGACCGAGAGACUGAAGCUCCCCGAACCCACGUGUGAGAGUGGUGAUGUAAAGAAAGACAUUGGACACAUUCUGGAUUUUAUCACAAGAGUUAAAUGCUUGAAGGUGGCAGGCAGUCGUGAUAGAGUAGGUACCAGUAAUAUAGACAUGACACAACUGAAGUUUGACCUCUCUCUCUUCAAGUCCUUACAAUGUCUGGAGACUGAAUGCUGUCAUGUUAGUAAUAUACUGGGAAUAGAGACAAUAAAGGAGACGCUGGAGAAAGUCAGUAUACGACAGGGUCUGACCAAUAUAAGGGACUUGGUGCUGAAUGGCUUGAGGCAGUGGAAGGCGGAGGAUGGUACGGUACUGGUCACACACUGGGAUAAUCUGGUGGAGGCUGACUUCAGCAGGAACUCCCUCAGUGAGAUAGACGACAGUGUGCAACUGAUUCCCCGUGUGGAGGUACUGGACCUGAGCCACAACAGACUGACUGGUGUCCAGCAUCUGAACUGGCUCAGUCAACUCACUCAACUCGAUCUCUAA